AAGAAAAAAAAAAGAAAAGAAACAGAGAGGAGGCCAGGGUUUCCCUGCCAUAAUUGAAUUUUUAAAUAGCAAGCCACCAGAAUGAUAAAGAUACCUCGCAAUAUUUACAGAUCAGCAGGUAUGUUUUACAUUUAAGGGGCAAUUUAUGGCUCUAGAUUGAAAUUAAAAUUAGAUUAGCUGCCUUCAUUUCAAUUAGUUCUAGGUGCAAUCUACCCAGAGAAGAUAGAAUAUAAUCCCCCCCUUUCAUCUAACUAAAUAUUUGCAAUAGAAGUUUCCCAAUCAGUUGUAAAUAUCCGCAACUAUAAAUUGCUGCAAACACAAACACGAGGUUGCGUCCCCAGCCCAGGCUCCCCAUUGCUCUCCAUUCCAAAUAAAAAUCCUCUUUUUCUUUCUUUCUUUCUUUCUGUUUUUGUGGUUUUUUUUUUUUCCUGGUGUUGUAGUUGUUGAAAAAAAAAAAAAUAUGCAAUUAUCCUCUAGCACUGAAAAUUAGCAGGGAAUUGGAGGGGAGAAAUGUCAAAGUAGAGGAGAAAUCUAACUUCCAGCCUAACGUGAGUUUGCAAUGUUGGGUGUUGCUUUUCUGGAUGUCUUUUCUCUCUCCCUCUCUCUUUUUUUUUUUUUCUUUUUUUUUUUUCCCUUUCCCCUCCCCAAGACACACUUUGGGAAGGCUCUGAAACACGUUAUCAAUCCAGAAGUCGCCAUGUUUCCCCCCCUCUCUUUAUGUAAUAUUUUCUCAUCAGGAACACAACCAUUUGAUUCCAUGAUAUUGACCAAUGCUACAUGAGAACAAGAAGGGGAAAAAAAAAAAAAGAAAAAGAAAAAGAAAAAGAAAAAGGAGAGUAAUUUAUGGCUUAAUAUUCUGUGGACAUCUGAGAUUUAUUACUGUGAAUUCUGAGCUAUUUUAUUACAAGAUAUUAAGCAAACAUUUCUUUUUUUAAAAAAAAAAAAAAAAAGACAACAACAAACCAAAACAAAACAGGACACAAGCACCAGAACGCACAGACACAGACGGGGCUUCCAAACCUCACUGUCCAUCAGCCAAAAAAAAAAAGGGGGGCGAGGGUGAGGGGAGGCGGGGGGGGGGAAGGAAAAGUUAAGCCUGGCUUAAGAAAUUUGUGCCCCCCCCCUUCCCCUUCCAGCCCAGCCGCUCCCACCCCCCCCCCCCACCUCCCUCCCCCCCCAACUUCCCUCCCCAAGGCAGGACCCCCAGCCCUGGCUGCCCUCCCCACCGCAUCCUCCCCAUCCCCCGGCACCCGGGGGGUGCUGGGGGGGGUUUGGGGGUGCAGGACUUACUUUCCAUGCCCACUUAGUUUCAACUAGGGAAUCAACAGAAGCAAAAGCAAUUUUUUCCCUUUUUGACACCCGCCUCCCCAUUGGCUCCCCCCGGGUCAGCUGACUUUGUCAUUUUGUCUGUCCUGGAGCAGAGCCUUCCCUAUAACAAUCUAGUUCAGACUACAAACUGGAGACAGAAAUAAAUAUUAAAGAAAUCACACAGCCAGGUAUAGAGGAGGAUAUGAAUUCCUAUUUUACAAACCCAUCUUUAUCCUGCCAUCUAACCAGUGGCCAAGAGGUGCUUCCCAACGUAGCCCUCAAUUCAACUGCCUAUGACCCUGUCAGGCAUUUUUCUACUUAUGGAGCAGCCGUUGCUCAAAACCGGAUUUAUUCUUCUCCUUUUUAUUCACCGCAAGAUAAUGUUGUGUUUAGCUCCAGCCGAGGACCUUAUGACUAUGGAUCUAAUGCUUUUUACCAAGAAAAAGACAUGCUUUCUAGCUGCAGGCAAAAUUCUAUGGGACAUAAUACACAGACAUCAAUCGCACAGGAUUUUACCAGUGACCAAAACAGGAACACUUCGCAAGAACAAAAAACUAGCAUUCAAAUAUACCCAUGGAUGCAGCGUAUGAACUCCCACAGUGGAGUGGGCUACGGGGCCGACCGCCGGCGGGGCCGCCAGAUUUAUUCCCGGUACCAAACCUUGGAGCUGGAAAAGGAAUUUCACUUCAACCGGUACCUGACCCGGCGGAGGCGGAUCGAAAUCGCCAACGCUCUCUGCCUGACGGAGCGGCAGAUUAAAAUCUGGUUCCAAAACCGGCGGAUGAAAUGGAAAAAAGAAAGUAAUUUGAGUUCCACCCUCUCCGGGGCGGGGGGGGGGGCCGCCGCCGCCGCCGCCGACAGCUUGGCCAAGGAGGAGAAGCGAGAAGAGACAGAGGAGGAGAAGCAGAAGGAGUGA